GAGAGAUAGAAGAUCGAAUAGACGAAGAGAAAAACACUGGAUCCGUUUUUGAGCUAAAACUUUCGGACAAGGUUAUGAAAUACGAGUGUAAAAGUUAAUUUCCUACUGAAAUUUCGUCCACUGCAUCGAAUCUCAUUGUCUGAAGAAUGUUCUAAACUGAAAAUCUCUUCGAACCGGGAUCAUGGCAUCAAGAGGCGGACCAAUGGUUACAGGCACCGACGGUCAUGACUACAUGCAUCGUCAAAGAGUAGCUGAACAGUAUCAAAUUAGCGCACAGAACAAGUCCAGAUUAAAGUAUUGCAUAUUUUUCCACUACCUUCUGUUCUUCGCCAUGUUAACCAAACUUUCAGCCGAUAUAUUAGACAGGCUGGAUAUAUUCGUACUCGAAAUAGAAGAAUUAGAAGUGCCUAAACCUCUAGUAUGGGAAUACGUAUGGUGUUUAAGUAUAUUAGUAACAUUUUUCGCUCUCUCUGCCAUUAAACGGAAUCGUAUCAAUGCGAUGAAACGAUUCAUGUACCUGACUGGAAUAUUCGGUUUCGGUCCCAUUCUGUACGGGACGAUAUACUAUUUUAGUGAUAUGUGGACCUACGUCAGUACAGGGUCCGUUGAAAACAUUACUUUGUGGCAGGGGUACCCGUACGGUGUUCUAUGGUACGCUUUCAUCUUGUUAGCGGUGCAAGUUCAUUGUUUUUCGUUAUAUUUUAGUAAUAAUUUAUUAUCAGCGUGGAUGUCCAGAGGAAUGAAGAAAGCUCGAUAACGACAGAUACCUCUCGACUAUCGUCUAUCGAUCGAAUUGUAUUAUUAAACAGUUACAUACGUAUUAUUUAUUCUAUUCGUCGAGUUCCUGUUGAGCUCCGGCGAUCGAACGUAUUACAUAUGCACAAUUUUUUUAAGAAGCUUUUUAGUCAUCUUAUAUGUUGUUUGUGUUUUGUGUACACCCUUCUCUUUCCCCCUAUCCACAACCACUAAUACCUACAUAUGUGAUACGUUUCUCGAUGUGUUUUUAUAUAAGAUAUAUAUUGUACUUAUAUAUAUAUACGAUGAUGACGAAUUCCAUUUACCAGUAAUCGAAUAGGAAUGUGUUGAAUAAAAAGGUUUUUUAACGUGUGGUUUGUUCGUUGAAA